AUGGUGUUUGGGGCUGCCGCCGGCCACAACACCUCCUACACGGCAACCCGCCCCUGUGCCAGGUAUGUGGAGCACAAGCUGGAGCUCGACGGCAUACGCGCGGCAGCUGAGAAGAUGCAGCGGCAGCUGGACGACACCCACAAGCAGCUGGCUGCUGAGGUGGCAAAGCGCUUCACCCUCGAGGAGGCCGGGGCGCGCGCACGACUGGAGGCGGGGCGCGCGGGGGAGCUGGCCGCACAGCUUGCCGCGGAGAGGUCUGACCGCAUCAAGCUGGAGAAGGAGUACUUGGAGCUGCAGGGCCGCGCGUUUGCCGCGCCCGGCAGCGCCAUGGCGGAGGUGCGCCAGCUGCGGGAGGAGCUGUUUGGUGCGCGGCGGGAGCGGGCGCUGGGGGAGGCCCGGGAGGCUGACCUGCGGCGAGAGAUGGCGGCGCUGCGGCGGCAGGUGGGGGGUUGA